UUAAUGGGAAAUUAAGAGCUUCUAUAGCUAAGGUGGAGUGAGCAGUGACGUGUCAAUACGUGAACCCUCCUUCUUCCACAUGCUAACCUCAACAGUUAACGAAAGCGGGAAAAAUUCCUUGAGAUAUUCCGUCAAGUGUCAACCUUCUUUCUCUGCUUAUCAUCUCCAAGUGUUCGUUCACUUAGGAGAGAGAUAGAGAGAAAGAUAGAGAGAAGAAAAUAAAUAGCUGAAAUUGCAGAACUAAUUUUUACUUCUGCAAUUUAAAGAUAAACCAGCAAAUUUUUGAGAUGAUUUAACGAUUCUCAAGUUUAAUUCAUUCUGCAAAUUCAAGUUGCUGCUAUAACAAUGGCAAUUGGUGGUGUUAUUUCUAAUCGAAGCUUUGGUUCUUUUCUCUCUCCUGGUAUAGUAAGCCAGAAAAGAUCUGAUGUAGCACGUCUCAAAAAAGAGGAUUUUGGACUCUCUUUCGGGCUAUUCGGGAAGGAGCAAGUGCUGAACAGAAUAUCCCACCACGUGACUAAGAACUGUCUAACUUCGAAAUGCUCACAUUGCGCGCUUGUAUGCAUUAUAAAUUCGUCAGAAUCGAGAAAUUCCAAGCAAGCCAAGGCAACUUAUGAUAAUAAUAAAUGGUAUCCACAUUUCCAACAUAAACAUGAGCUCUUCUGUGCUCCAAGUUCUGUCAAAAGGAUUCGAGUAUCUAGAUGCCGCAUCUCUCCUGUAUCCUGUUAUAGAGGAGACACUGUGGUGCCAUCUGGAGCAGUAGAUAAGUUUUUUGUUGUUAACAACAAAUUGCCUAAAAUUAAUCAUGUUAGGGAUCACGGGGUCCGUGCUUACUAUAAAUCUGAGGAUAUCGACAUAACGGAAUCGACCUUUGAGUCACUGGGGACACCUGAGGGAGCAGGUGAAGUUGUUCUCCCUGACAAAAGUACACAGAAAGCAGCUUCUUGGUUGGAUCAGCUACCUAAGCGUUGGGUAGUUGUGCUGCUUUGUUUUGUAGCAUUUCUGUUAUGCAACAUGGAUCGUGUAAAUAUGAGUAUCGCCAUACUUCCGAUGUCCAAGGAGUACAACUGGAAUAGUACGACUGUUGGUCUAAUUCAGUCGUCCUUCUUUUGGGGCUAUCUUCUUACUCAGAUUGUUGGAGGUAUAUGGGCGGAUAAGGUUGGUGGGAAACUUGUCUUAGGUUUUGGAGUGAUUUGGUGGUCAAUAGCCACAGUGUUGACUCCUAUUGCUGCAAGGAUAAGCCUGCCUUGCUUACUUGUCAUGCGCGCGUUUAUGGGGAUUGGUGAGGGUGUUGCUAUGCCUGCUAUGAAUAAUAUGAUCUCAAAGUGGAUUCCUGUAUCUGAGCGAAGUAGAGCACUAUCCUUUGUCUACAGUGGCAUGUAUCUCGGCUCUGUGACAGGAUUGGCCUUUUCCCCUUUUUUAAUCCACAAGUUUGGCUGGCCUUCAGUAUUCUAUUCUUUUGGCUCUCUUGGAAGCAUCUGGUUUGCGUUGUGGAUAGCUAAAGCACAUAGCUCACCGACAGAAGAUCCAGAAAUUAGCGCUCAGGAGAAAAGAUUCAUCUUGGAAGGCAGCAUAUCCAAGGAACCUGUUACUGUCAUUCCCUGGAAACUGAUUUUAUCAAAAGCUCCAGUCUGGGCUCUCAUUGUAUCCCAUUUUUGCCACAACUGGGGUACCUUCAUUCUCCUGACAUGGAUGCCAACGUAUUACAAUCAGGUGUUGAAGUUCAACCUUAUGGAAUCUGGGCUUUUUUGUGUACUUCCAUGGUUGACUAUGGCUGUGUUUGCAAAUAUAGGAGGCUGGAUUGCAGAUACACUCAUCACCAAAGGCCUCUCUGUUACCUCAGUCCGUAAGAUCAUGCAAACAAUUGGAUUCAUGGGCCCAGCUCUCUCUCUUUCACUACUAAGUCGAGUUAGAACUCCUGCUUUAGCUGUACUCUGCAUGGCAUGCAGUCAGGGAUCAGAUGCGUUCUCACAAUCUGGAUUGUAUUCCAACCACCAAGACAUCGGGCCUCGAUAUUCUGGCGUAUUGUUGGGGUUGUCCAAUACAGCCGGUGUUCUUGCUGGAGUCCUCGGAACAGCUGCCACUGGAUUCAUUCUACAACGAGGCUCCUGGGAUGAUGUGUUUAAGGUGUCAAUAGCAUUAUACCUUAUUGGCACUCUAGUAUGGAACCUUUUCGCAACUGGAGAGAAAAUUCUGGACUGAAAGGGCUAUAGAGAGAUACCUUUGCUAAACCUACAAUAUUCCACGAUACUUAUAUCUGCAAGUGAUGGAACGGUUUAUCACGCAUAAAUGGGAAAAAUAUUGUGAACGCGGAGGGAGGUGAAGAUUGAUUUGGAGACAUUAGAUACCUCUGACCCUCCUUAAGACUGGAGCAAGAGUUGGCAUGGAUUACUAUGAUCUCUUAAUUGUUAUAUAUCAACCUUUUUGGUCUAAGAAAAUUUUGAGGAAGAUGUUGCCUCGUGGAAGUUUGAUAAAAGUUGCUUAUUGUAGUGCUUCUCUUUCGUCUACUGGUAUAAGGUCCCAUAUUAGGAGAGAGGAGAAAUAUGUUAAGACGAGUAACAUGUAAUUUUUUUAGAGAAACAACCUGACAUAAACAUGAUGUUGAUAAAAUGUAGUAGUUCCUUUUCUUUUGCA